AUGUUCAAUAUGUUUGGCUGCCAAAUUAGAGAACCAAGCAUUCACUCUGGCUUUGAGAAAGCUGCCGCCAACUCAAGCAGAACCAUAGAGGACUCUCUCAAAGAGCUUGAGACUUUUUUCUCAUGUAACAAAGUUGACAUUCGCAAAACUGACGCAGACGUCUCACCAAGCGGCGGCUCUACUUCAAAUACACAGUUUAACCAUAACAAUCUUGACACCACCUACUGUGAGCUACCGCUCAACUCAAGAGAAUCGGAUCAGACGGAUGCCACAAAUGUCAUUUGGCCCCACAGUGUGUCAUUGGUACCACGGCCGCAAAACAUAAGAGUGGCAGAUGGCUCUAGGUACUUUGUCAUUAAAUCCAGCAGAGCUGAACACAUUAAUAUCUCUAUGAUAAACGGGGUUUGGUCGUCGACGGAGUUAGGUAACCGUCGACUGUCUCAGGCAUUUCGCACUCGUCCGAUUGGCGCCAGAAUCUUUUUGUUCUUUUCGGUGAACGGGUCAGGAUGCUUCUGCGGGCUCGCAGAGAUGGUAGGAGAUCUACGAGAGUCUGAUGUAGAUCUUUGGACGGAGAAAAAGAGGUUCAAGCGAGUUUUUUCGGUGGACUGGCUCAUUCAACAAGAACUUCCGAACAGCAAAGUCAGGCAUUUGAGAAAUUCGCUCAACGAAAUGAAAUCCGUCACACAUUCCAGAGACACACAAGAAGUUCCUAUGGAAAUUGGCCAGCCAAUCGUCCAGAUAUUUGAAGAUUUUGUGAAAUUAACGUCUGUGUGCCAAUACAAGGGAGUUGGUAAUUGA